UACAGUCUCGGUAUUAUUUAAUGAGUAUAGUUUGGAUAACCACUGGACAAGAGGGUCUUCUCAAGACGCGCGCCCCCGUCUGUCGCGUAGUGAUAGCGCGCUUCCCCCGCUCUUUUGAGAGAGAGAGAGAGAGAGAGAGAGAGAGCAAGCAAAUAAGGCUGAGCAGCGGCAACAGCAGCAGCGCCAGUGGCGGCAGCAGCGUCAAAGCAUCUGCGCGUCUCCGAACUGCCUUGUCUCGGGCCAAUCAUUCCCUCAGCCUCGUUACCGAUUGAGAUUUAACAGCGGCUUUGGAUCUUAACGAGCCUUCUACAUCCUCGUCGACAUCUCGGCGUCAGUCCCCGUUCGCUUGACUACCGGUUCCGUUCAUAUCUACCCAGUUUCUUGAAUUUUUAAUGGAAAAUGGCGAUGUUUGCUCAGUCCUCCAGUCUGUUCUGCGUCCUCUCCGUCCAAACUGUGCUGCUCUUCAGCGUCUCCUCGCCGGGAACGGCGACGCUCCUCUUUCCUCAGCACUACACGAUGAUGCACUGGGCCGGUCGCAUAGAGAAGGAACUGGAGAAGGUGCUGCAGCUGGUCACCGGAGGCCAACAAAUGAAAGGAAUUUAUAUCGACAAGAAAAGUCAUUUUAAUGUGGAGCGAAAUACACCGAAACAGCUGGUGGAGAAGGUGGCAGAAGACAUCGCCAAUCUGCUGAAAAGGAAACGUAAAGCUCUGGAGAGGUUGGCUGGAGAGGCUGAAAAAAUCCAACGAGAGCAUCAAUGGCAAGAUGGAAUCAAAGAAAACGACAUCCAGUAUUACGACUCCAAAGCCGACUCGGACGUUCCAGAUGAUGAUGAUGGAGAAAACCUCUUGGAAAACCCAAACUCUCUCUCUUUGGAGUUUGUGGAGGACCCCAACUUCAAGAAUAAAGUCAACUACUCAUAUACGGCUGUACAGAUUCCUACUGACAUCUACAAAGGCUCUCCCACUAUCCUGAACGAGCUGAACUGGACUCAGUCUCUGGAGAGGGUCUUCAUUGAAAACAGUCGUGAGGAUCCUUCGCUGCGCUGGCAGGUGUUUGGCAGUGCCACUGGUGUCACCAGAUACUACCCAGCCACAAAGUGGAGAGCACCCAACAAGAUUGACCUGUAUGAUGUGAGGAGACGCCCGUGGUACAUUCAGGGAGCCUCUUCUCCAAAGGACAUGGUCAUCAUCGUGGAUGUGAGUGGCAGUGUCAGUGGAUUGACCCUGAAGCUAAUGAAAACCUCUGUCAUUGAGAUGCUGGACACACUUUCUGAUGACGACUACGUAAACGUGGCUCGGUUCAACGAGAAAGCGUACGCCGUGGUGUCGUGCUUCACCACGCUGGUCCAAGCGAACAUAAGAAACAAGAAGAUCUUCAAAGAGGCUGUGAUGAACAUGCAAGCAAAGGGAACGACAGACUACAAGACCGGCUUUCAGUUUGCCUUUGACCAGCUGUUAAACGAGACCAGCGCUCCAAGAGCAAACUGCAAUAAAAUGAUAAUGAUGUUCACAGACGGCGGCGAGGAUCGUGCUCAGGACAUCUUUGAGAAGUACAACUGGCCAAACAAAACAGUGAGAGUUUUCACAUUCUCGGUGGGACAGCACAACUAUGAUGUCACUCCUCUGCAGUGGAUCGCCUGUGCCAACAAGGGUUACUACUUUGAGAUCCCUUCCAUUGGAGCCAUAAGAAUCAACACACAGGAGUACUUGGAUGUUCUGGGACGGCCAAUGGUGCUGGCAGGCCAAAGGGCGAAACAAGUGCAGUGGACCAACGUUUACCAGGAUGCUCUGGGUUUAGGUCUCGUCAUUACCGGCACAAUGCCAGUCUUCAAUCUCACCGCUGACGGGGACUCCAAAAAUCAGUUGAUUCUUGGUGUCAUGGGUGUGGACAUCGCCCUCAGUGAAAUUAAAGAACUCACACCGCGGUAUAAGCUUGGAGCCAAUGGUUACACGUUUGCCAUAGAUCCCAAUGGAUAUGUGCUGCUACACCCGAACCUACAGCCUAAGAUCAUUAACUUCAGAGAGCCGGUCACAUUGGACUUCUUGGAUGCUGAACUUCCAGACCGCAGCAAGGAGGAGAUCCGCCGUCUAAUGAUUGAUGGCAAAUCAGGACAGAGGAGAGUCAAGACACUAGUGAAAUCUGUUGAUGAGCGCUAUAUUGACGAGGCUCAGAGGACGUACAUAUGGAGUCCAGUGAGUGGCACAGAUUACAGUCUUGGUUUAGUUCUGCCAUCCUACAGUGAAAACCACAUCAGGGCCAACCUGAGCGACCAGAUCCUCCAGGUCCAAUACGGAUCAGACUUCAAGGAUUUUGAGUCUCUCCUGCCAAACACUUUUGAGUCAGAGGGACAUGUGUUCAUUGCCCCCAGGGAAUACUGCAAAGACCUGGAGCUGUCCAACAACAACACGGAGUUCCUGCUCAACUUCAUCGCUCUGAUGGAGAAGGUCACACCCGACUCCAAACAAUGUGACAAUUUCUUGCUGCAUAAUCUGAUCUUGGACACGGGCAUCAUUAAACAGCUGGUAGAUAAAGUCUGGAAGACCAAAGACCUCAACACGUACGGCUUUCUGGCAGUCUUUGCAGCCACAGAUGGAGGCGUCACUCGAGUCUUCCCUAAUAAGGCCGCUGAGACCUGGGAGGAAGAUCCAGAGCCUUUUAAUGCUAGUUAUUACCGUCGCAGUCUGGACAACAAGGGCUACAUCUUCAGAGCCCCAUAUCGCACCGGCAAUGAUGACAUACUGAAUCCAGAGAACGACACCAUUGGCAUUCUGGUUAGCACAGCAGUGGACUUUACCAUAGGAAGCAAAAACAUCAAACCUGCAGUUGUGGGUGUGAAGCUUGAUCUUGAAGCUUGGACUGACAAAUUCAAGAUCUUGGCGAGCAACCACACCGACAGCAACCGGCAGAGUUCUCAAACGUGUGGACCAACCAGUGGCUGUGAAAUGGACUGUGAAGCCAACAGUGAUGACUUGCUUUGUUAUCUGAUAGAUGACGGAGGCUUCCUCAUCAUGUCCAAUCAGAAAGACCACUGGAAUAAGAUUGGGAUGUUCUUCAGCGAGGUUGACCCCACUCUCUUUUACGCCCUCUACAACAACUCCUUCUACAAACGCAAGCAGUCCUACGACUAUCAGUCAGUGUGUGACCCCGUGCCCAGCAGCAACACAGGGGCCGCCCCGCGAGGAGUGUUUGUGCCUACUAUUGCUGAUGUGUUAAAUGUCGCCUGGUGGACGUCAGCGGCUGCCUGGUCACUGCUGCAGCAGAUGCUGUAUGGAUUCACCUAUCAGAGUUGGUUCAUGACAGAUGAGGUCGAUGCUGAAGGAAUGGAGCACAAAGAGACGAGCUGUGUGACGGUACAGACGCAGUUUUACUUCAGUAACAUCAGCAGCUCCUACAACAUACUGCAGGACUGUGACAACUGCUCCAGAUUAAUUCAUGCUAAGAGAAUAAACAACACCAACCUGCUGUUCGUGGUGGCUGAAAGACUGUCCUGCAACUCCUGUGAAAUAGAGAAACUGUCUCAGUUGGAGAUAGAAUACAAGGAAACAGAUACAUGUGAGACAAUAACAACAGCCCGGUAUAGAAAAGGAACCACAACCUGUUUCGACUACAAUGUUACAGAGAACACAUCAGACUGUGGGCGGGGUCACUCGUUCCGCCCCUCCCUCCUCACUUUACUCCUCCUCCAGCUCCUCCUCCUGCCUGUUCUGGCCCACGCCUCAGUUUAACUCCAUCCUCCUGUCCUCCUCUCCCUCCUUCUCGUCUCCUUAAUUCCGCGUUUCUCCUUUAUCUCCCCGUUGCUCUAGUCAUAGGUAAUAUAAAGGGACUUCCUCCUGCCCUUAUAUGGAAGCCCAAUCGUACUGCUUCAUCCACUUAGCUUCACAGGUUGUUGCUUAGUGACCGUUGCAGAACUUUCUCCUCUCCUGCCAAUCAAGAGCAUUUGUGGGAGGAGCUAAAAGUGUCUUCAUGAAAACAGGAAGCUAGCGAUAAGAAACCGACGGCCAUCUAGGAAACGGAAGACGUGGUGGAAAAUGACACGGACUGUUCUCUCCUGCCUUUGCGGCCGUAAGGGGGUUGAGUUUCAUUUGACUCCGCCUCUAAAGGGGAAAGGUCAUCCUCAUCAUCAUCCUGUAACCCGUGUCGCGAGGCUAAACAGUGACGCCGUCUUGCUUCCGGUAAUAAGAAAAUAACCGAAUAUGUGCAGAUUCUCAAAAAAAUAUCAAUAACAACAUGUGAGUAUUAAAAACAUACCUCCAUAUAUUAGGGUAUUUAAUGAGAAAGGGAAGACGAUAGAUGUUAUUUAUUCAAUUAUCAUUUAUUUAUUUAUGCACUAUAUCUACUUCUUGCCAAAAUGAGACUUGUUACAUGGUCUAAUUUUUCUAGCCAAAUUAGGAGGUAGGAAAACCACAGAAAAAGAACGUGAAAUAAAAGCAGUAUCACACCAUUCCUUCAUCAGUCACAAGGGCUUCAUAUAUUUAUUAUUUCUAUGUAUACCACUAACCUGAUCCGAUUAGGUUAGGCUUUUUUCUGUGUUUUUUUUUUUUUUGUAAACUAUAUUAAUGCCUCAGUUAUAUAAUAUUUGCAGCUAAUAUGUAAUAUCAUGUGUUCAUUUUUAAAGGACUAGUUUACUCAAAAAAUGACACUUCUGUUUGAUUUAUUCACCCUCGUGUCGUUUCAAACCUGUAUGCUCUUAUUUUUUCUGUGGAACACCGAAUGAGAAAUUUAAAGGGUUAGUUCACCCCAAAAUGAAAUUUCUAUCAUUUACUCACCCUCAUGUCGUUCCAAACUCACAAGACUUUCAUUCAUCUUCAGAACACAAAUUAAGAUCUUUUUGAUUAAAUCUAAAAGAUAUCUGUCCCUACAUAGACUGCCUUUGACGCUUUAAGAAGUUCAUAAAGAGAUCGUGAAACUAAUCCAUAUGAAUCAAGCAGUUUAGUCCAAAUUUUCUGAAGAGAGUCAAUCGCUUUAUAUGAUGAACAGAUUUAAUUUAGGCUUUUACUCACAUAUAAACCUUGAAAAGUGAACAUAAACAGAAGUCCAACCGAACAUGAAUGACGCACAAGAACAAACCUCUUCCAGAAGCUCAGACGUGCUGCGUAAACAAUGAGGUUCAUUCUUGUGUGUUACACAGCACGUUUGAGCUUUCCGAAGAUUUUUGGGGUGAACUAAUCCCUUAAGAAACAAGAACGAUAGUGACCAUGACUUUCCAGCUCCAAAAAGACAAAAAAGUCCCAUGAAAUCAGUCAUGAUGAACAGACAAAAAGCUAUCAAAUGGACUACUUUUAUUUAUCUAUUUUUUGGAGCAUGACAGACAUGGUCACUGAACUGUCUUAUUGGAAAACAUUUAGGUGAAGAUGAGAUGUGCUAAUGAGAUUUUUGAUGUAUUGAAAUGCAGUUUGAGUAUUUUUAGCGAUGAUGUCAGCCUCUACAGUUCUGUUCUGUACAGUUUUUCACAAUCUCAGAAUGUCGACCACACAUUGCAUUUGAUCACAACACAUGCUGUUUGUUUGCACCAUUUUUUGCACUGAUGGAUUUGUCAGUGAAUAAUAGUCGUCACUAUGAUCCUAGUCAAUGUGAUCAUUCAUGUAGAGGAGAAAUGUUUUAUUUUUCAUAUAUAUUUAUGUAAGGCCCAAAACAGCAUUUUGCAUCUGCACUUGUGUAUUUGCAUAGAGUAUGUUUCUGGCCUCGACUAGUUUUUUUUGUUGAAAUGUUAGUAAUGCGAUGAAACUUAAGCAAAAAUCCUUGUUUUGGGCCCUCUAUCAACCUUCUUUUAUCUGUGCCUUGAUGCACUUUUAUAUUGGACAGCAGUGAGCUUCACCCUCAGUCAGUUCAGGUCUUUCAUGGGCCUUAAAUCUCCAGUCAAACAGGUUGUGUUCGAAAUACAAUACUAGCGUACUGCAUACCGUAUUCAUGCUACUUUAAAAAAAAUACUCACUAAUGUUCACUGAUGAACAUUUUUAUGCUAUGUUCUGGUCACAUGACUUUAAUGUUUAGCAUGUUUAGCCGUGGCCGGUUAAGAAAAAUGGUUAUUUUGCAUUUUUUUUAAUCAAAGUUAGUGUACAAAUGAUCAAAUAAUCAAGUCAAGAGUGGAAAUGGUAGGUCAAGUUGAGUGCAUUGCAUUGUGGGACACAGUAUUCAGCAUUCUUUUCAUUUAUUAUAAUACACAAUUAGACAAAAGUAGUAGGUCAUUCAAGCACACUAUACACUCUGCGUCCUGUGUGCAAUGUAAAUACAGCAUAAAUAGUAGAGGAGAAUUCAGGUUGAUUGGGACACGUUUUCCCAGUCAUCUCAAUGGCAAAAAGUGUCCCAAUCAACCUGAAUUCACCCUAUAUGAUAGUAUGCUAUUCCGAACAAAACCAGUGCCUCCAAACAUCGUAACCUGACUGGCAAAAGGGAAUGCAAUUUAUCUUUUUGAGUAUUAUUGAGCCGCAAUGUUUGCCAUACCCUUCAGCUCCAUCCCUACAUGUACGCAAACUUGACAAGCACCUUAUGCAUUGAUUUUACCAGUAAACGGGGCUAAAUCUGAACCUCGCUUACUGAUUCUCAGUUGCACGUUUGGCAUUUCAGUGGCCAUCACCUAGACAUGUCCAAAAGUGGUGUGUUUUUAGGAUUGUCUUUGUUAGAGUGCUUCACUCACUGACAGCUUUGGGUAACGUUCGCUCAUACUGCUAAGUUGCUACUGAGUUUUGGUAAAGUAGGUUUUGGAGUUGAAAUGGCCGCUCUACAUAACCUUAAUCCAUCAUAACAGAGGCAGUCUAGUUAUAGCGUUCCUUACGGGAGUCAUUUCACUGCUGUAGUUUAUCUGUCCAGUAUGUAUGAGGGGAACGAGUGUUUAUAUGUGUCUGAAGGUUUGCUGAUGGUUGAGGAAAAGAAUCAAUGUUUGCUGUUACGUGAAAUAACUGUGAAAAAUUGACAAUUUUAUGAGAAGUAUUUUGAGAGUAUUGUCAUUGUUGGUGUUGAAGGAAUGACCUGUGUCAAACGAAUGUUUCAUAUCUGUCUGUCUUGAGGCAAAAUCUGUUAAAGCCUGUUUUGUUUGCCUGUGCAAUUUAAAAAGACAGCACUUAACAUGUUAAAACAUUCCCUCUAUCUGUGUCUGUUUAAAGAGAAUAGUUCACCCGAAAUGUAAAAUUCUGUCAUCAUUUAUUCCCUUCAUGUCAUUCCAAACCUGUAUGGCAUUCAUUCUUCUGUAGGAAACAAAUGUAUGGAAAGGACAUAGCCAUUUGUGUUUUACAAAUGAAAGAAAUUCAUACAUGACAUGAGGGUGAGUAAACGAGAAUUUAUUUUGGGUCAACUAUUUAUUUUCUCGUUUUCUUAUCUAUCUCAUGCAAAGGAUGUCAUGUAUUUUGUACACACUUUAUUUGAGAGGUGAACGAUGCAUGUCUGAUGCUAGUGGACACGAUUCUUACAUCACUCAGCUUGUUUCUCAUUCACCUUCAGAACUAAUUGGUGAGGUAUAUAUGCUAAAUAUCGUGGUAAGAGUUGUACAUAUCACUAAUAUCUGAACUUGAAUGCAAUCCUGAUCCUGACACUAUCACAUAUGACUCCUGUUUAUAACCCACAUCCGGAUGGAUUUAUGAAUCUGUCUACAGUAUGAAUAUGUAUAUUUUAGACCCCAUUGAGAACUAUAAAUGGAAAAACACAAAUUAUGAAAUAUAAGGUCAUAUGUGGUAAUGUAAGCUAAAAAAAAAAAAAAAAAGACUGUUUAAGGCCUUUGCCCCUCAGCUUAAUGGCAAAAAUCGAGGUGACGGUAUGAUAAUGCAAAGUUAAAGGGAUAGUUCACCCAAAAAUGAAAACAUUUACUCACCCUCAAGUUUUUCCAUUCCCAUUUAUAGGGUUUUCCAAGUGCCAUACAAAAGUAUAGUAAAAUAUAGCAACCAGGGGCUUUCAAGCUCAUAAAUGGACAGAAAUGUACUAUAAAAAUACCAUAAAACUUGUUCACAUGUCUUGUGUAAUAUAUUUCAAAUCACUGAGAAGAAUUUAAGUUGAAAAAUACUCCUUAGCUCUUAAAUCAAGUUCUCUUGGACACAACAAUGAUUUGGAAUGGCGUGAUGGUGAGUAAAAUGAUGACAUAGUGUUCAUUUCUGGGUGAAAUAUUCCUUUAACCCACAACUUUAAUAUUGAAACCUGUUAAACGGCUAAUGUGUACCUCUUUCUUUGCCUGAUUAUGGAAACGAUCUACAAUUUUAUUUCAUAUCAGGGCAAAGAACGCUCCGAAAGGUGGAAAAAUGCCUUGUUCUUUAUUCUGGUGAGUUGGUUUAAAACUUUGCCACACUUUUUUUUAUUACUGUAUUUUAUUUUUUGGGGGGAAAGUGUGUAAUUGUCUUAAAACUGGAACACUGUCGAUGUACAGGGGCACUGAACUGCCUGAAUUAGAGAAACACAUUUUGGCAAGACACUGCGAUUAAAUGAUCAUGAAUGUGUCGGUCUUGUGUCACAAUUCCAAGUACACUGUGGAACAAAAGUCCUUGUUUUUAAGUGGUCUGAAAGAUUUUGCUUUUGCCAAAAAAGAGAAAAAAAAAAAAGUAUUCAAAAAGAAAAGCUAAAAAGAGGAAGCAGCUUGCGCAAGGGGAGGGGCCUGAUGUAUAACCCACCCGCUGGGAGGAGUCAUUAGCUCAGACCCUCCCCUAGCCCCUCCCCCUCCAAAGCAACAUCAUUGUAGGCGCGUUUCCAUCAGCGAGACGUGUGUAUGUGAUUACGUAGUCUUUAGUCUGGUGCUCCGUGACAAAUGUGUACAAAAAAAAUAUAUAUUAAAAAAACGUACAAAGGAGAAACUGAAUUUAACAUGAGUGAGGUUUUAAAAUGUAUUAACGAUUAAAAAAAUAGAAACACAAUACUGCUGAUAAUACUCAUGAGUUGAGGUCUGAAAUCAUGGUGAGCGUUUUUUCUUUCGUUCGUUUAUUGGAUUGUGUGUUGGGGGCUCAGUGCCGCGUCUCUGGGUCCAUGUUGCUCCAUUUUUUUGUACAGACAACAAAAAAAGACAAGAGAAAAUUUGUAAAAUAUUGUGUCUGUGACUCCUUGUAAAAUAUUUUCAAAUUGUUUAUUACAGAGAAUCAGUUAUUAAAUAAUGUUCAUAUUUUUCACUUCA